AUGAAUAAUAAUAAACUCAAUAACAGUUUUCCAGAAAACCUAUGUAAUAAGAGAUAAAAUUGUAAAAUCAGAUACUUCAAUGAUAAUCUUAAAAAUUAGAAAAAAUUACCUGAAAUAUUAAAGAAGUCUAAACAGAAAUAGGUAAGUGUCUUAAGAUAAUUCUAAAAAUAGAUUAAUAUCUAAAGGGAAUGA